UAUGGUGAAGUGUCUUGACUGGCAUUAUCGUUCAACCCACCCUGAAGUCUCUCGCUGGACGUCAAAAAGUAUUCCUAUCAAAACAGUCAAUCGUAGUUGGUUUCUAAUAACGUGUGUAAAACUCGUAGUUUUAUGGAUAGUCGUGCGCCUGUGCUGUGGUGAAACGUUUAUGUUGGAGACAGUGUAUGACCUUCGCUAGACCGACAGCCACGCCGUUGUGUCUGUACGGUGAGGGUGGUGUUGAAGCAUGGACGAUCAGAGAACAAUGAUGCAUCCCACGGUCAGUAUGGGAGGUCAUGUAGUGCCCCAACACACUUAUGGUAUGGAUCCUACAAAUCAACAGCUUACAUCGGACCAGGAACCUCGUAAGCAUGAUAUAUCCGAAAUACUCCAACAGAUCAUGAACAUCACGGACCAGAGUCUCGACGAAGCUCAAGCGAGGAAACAUACGCUGAACUGCCAUCGAAUGAAGCCAGCCCUCUUCAGUGUUCUAUGUGAAAUAAAGGAAAAAACAGUUCUAAGUCUACGUAACACACAAGAAGACGAGCCACCUGAUCCACAACUGAUGAGGCUAGACAACAUGUUAAUAGCAGAAGGAAUUGCCGGUCCUGAGAAAGGUGGGGGUGCUGGUGCAGCGACUAAUGCUUCUGCAGCGGCCUCUGGUGGACCAGGUCAACUUGAACAAACAAUAGAACAUUCAGAUUACAGAGCGAAAUUAUCACAGAUUAGACAGAUUUAUCACCAAGAGCUUGAAAAAUACGAACAGGCAUGUAGCGAAUUUACAGCACAUGUCAUGAACCUCCUCAGAGAGCAGAGUCGAAACCGACCAAUCACAUCAAAGGAGAUUGAAAGGAUGGUCCAGAUUAUUCACCGGAAGUUCAACUCUAUCCAGGUGCAACUGAAACAAAGCACGUGCGAAGCAGUCAUGAUUUUGAGGUCGAGGUUUUUAGAUGCCAGGAGAAAAAGGAGGAAUUUCAGUAAACAAGCAACAGAGAUUUUGAAUGAAUACUUUUACUCCCAUUUAAGUAACCCUUACCACAGUGAAGAGGCCAAAGAGGAAUUAGCUAGAAAGUGUGGAAUUACCAUUUCACAGAUUUCUAAUUGGUUUGGUAACAAACGGAUACGCUACAAAAAGAAUAUAACCAAAGCUCAAGAGGAGGCGAACAUGUACGCAGCCAAGAAGGCAGUAUCUGUAGGUGGCGCUGCUGCAUACAGUAUGGUGCCAUCAAGCCAAGGACAAAUGAUCAGUCCACCUCCACCACCUGGAGCAGUGCCACCUAGUGACGGAAUGUAUAACAUGAGCAUGAACGGUGGUGAAUCCUACCAGUCCGUAUCCUCACUUGGAGCCAAUGUCCAAUCACAGGCCCAAUCUCAGAGGCACAUUUUCAACCAACCAGCUGGAAUGUCGGAUGGGUUGGCUGCAGCUAGCCUGUACGAGCCAGGUGUCCAUCAAGUUCAAUAUGGAUGAAAUGGAAGAAAUGAUCAUCACCAUCUCUAGUGGGUGCACUUGAAAAGCUAAGCCUAACUUCCGGCACAUGUGUAUCCACAUCUGUACGUGCAUGUACAAACGUUUUGCUCCAAUGUUUUGUUACUGGUUGGGAUAAAUGUGGCUGUACACAUACAUACAAGAAGAAAAAACAAACAAACAGAUAAACAAAAAUAAAAUACAGUAACAUGCACCAACUUCAGUUCGAGACAUCAGAACAGAAGCAUAACAAAACUUUUUGUGCCAUAUCUCAAAACUACGACGGUUUGUUUGACAAAUUUGUUUGUUUUUUUCGUUUACUACCUAUCAUUGUUUUGUUUAUUGCUUGUUUCAUUUUUUUUUCAUUUUAAACUUUUGAGAAUCUUAUUCUCAUGCUGAAGAUGAAGAUGAUGAUGAUGAUGCUUCAAACGAAUAAAAUACGUUCCAUUGAUAAAAAUGGGACUUCCGGAAGUAGUAUUCAUCCACGAAUAGAGCUUAUCCUAUAGUUGGAUUGAACCUGGUCUUCGGAAGUUGGUCGUUUCAUCUUAAGCAGUUGCUGUUUUAGCUUCACUGAUUGGCGGAUAGAAAGCAGCGAAAUCUGGACGCAAAAACUUGAAUCUUCUGCUGAAAAAUGACAAUGUCAUACAUAAAAAGUUGUGUCUAAGAUACAUAGUCAGAUGUCUUUAAAUAGACGAAUUACCUGGCCAGUAAGGCUGUGUAAUUGAGCAAUUUCUUUUGCCAAAAGUUUAAGAACGAAAACUGAUCAACACCAUUAAAUGAGCUUCUUAUCAGUUUUGAAAAUUGCACGUUUUUAAAGGUGAUCAAACUCAUUUUGAAUGUUAAUUCUUUUCAUAAAAAAUAUCUGAACAAAAUUAAGGAUUAAAAAAUAAUCUCGAAACUUUGGGUAAAGUAACAAUAUUUUUUUCGUACAUGUAUUGACAAUUUUUAUAUUGGUUUAUUAUCUUACCAUUGGAAACUUUAAGAAAGUGGUCAGAGUCUGUAAUAAGUCGAACUUUGUAUAAUUUUCGGACAAUUAAAUUGAAGUAAGAAAGGAAAAUGUUUUUUGAAAGUCCGUAAACAUUCGGUUUUAAGAAAGCUAAAACAACGUUUUUCUUGUUAACCCUUUUUUUAUUAACCGAAAGAAUAAAAUGUUUUUUGAAAGUCCGUAAACAUUCGAUUUUAAGAAAGCUAAAACAACGUUUUUCUUGUUAACCCUUUUUUUAUUAACCGAAAGAAUAAAAUGUUUUUUGAAAGUCCGUAAACAUUCGAUUUUAAGAAAGCUAAAACAACGUUUUUCUUGUUAACCCUUUUUUUUAUCAACCGAAAUAAUAGAAUGUUUUUCCAUGGAUUAUUUUAUAAUAAUGUAAUAAAAGAAGCGACUUUUUUUUUAUAAAGCUACAAUAUAUUUCAGUUAAGAUUAUAUUGUUAUUCUUGUGACCUCAGAACCAAUUAAUAUUUAAUGCUAAUCUUAAACACAAGACAUAAAAAAAACGACAAACGUAUGAGUUUUUAACUUAAGUUAAAAAAUAUCUAUAUUAUACCUUCUUUUAAAUUACUUAUAGAGUGCCCGUUUCUCUGGAGCCUUUUUCUCAAUAUUAUCAUAAGUAAUUUGCAGCCAAACACAGUGUCUUACAAAUUAUAGAAAAUUUUGUUUUGGUAUAGUAAAAAAAAACAUUAUCUAAGCUAAAAAUAACUGUCAGAUACUUGGACUGGUAUCUAUGAUAUUAUGACGUAGUCAAACAUAUAUGCAGAGCAAUAUGUUACAAUACUGAAUAACAAUGUUGAAGGAAUUUCUUUGGAUUACUUGAAACCUUAGUUAAAAACUGAACAGAAAUUUAGAUUAUUCUAUACGCUGUUAUGUCUACGUAAAAAAAAAUGUAAACGUUUAUAAUGAUUUCAAAAAUAUUUAGUUUAUACAGGAUCUUUUUUUUUACUUUCUUGUUUUACAUCUCUGUUUUGAAAUGUGUACUUCGCGUGCUUUUCAUUGUGGAGGUAGGUUCAUGCCAAAAAGAGAAUGGAAUUCAGCUCACGUUUUGAUAUGUAUAUAAAAAAUAUAGGCCUUAAUCUGUGAUGGACAUUUUGAAGUAUUCUGGAAUGUUUUAGAUUGACUUAAAGACAAAUCCACAGUAACGGUUAAUUUGAGCGCUUUUUAUGCGCAAGUUUAACUGCAGAACGUUUCGUUUAAGAAUAAAAUGUUAUGAUUUAAUACAGUUUAUUUACUUCGCUUAAUAAUUCAACAUAAUUUCAAAUAUAUUAAACAUCUACGGUCAGUAACAAGGCAGGGUCAAUGCAGGUUCGAUUUUGUUUUAACGUCAUCACGUAACCAAAGACCACUAGUUAUCUAACAUCUGUAUAUGGCAGUAGGAUGGUAUUGUUUGUUUGGUGUUAUGCAUAACGCUGGUAUCGAAACCGAAAUUUUAGUGUUAUAAGUCCUUAGGCACAGGAGCUAGUAAACGAUACAUUUCGACUUAUGUAGCUAACGUAUUAAAGUUGAAAAUAGUAAAUAUCACAACACAAAAAUGUUUUAAAUUUUUUCACUAGGUUUAAAAAUAAAACAUUCGAGAACUGUAUAUGAUAAUCGAACAAAAAUGUCUCUGUAAUAAUUUAACCUCUCAAGUUUUGUUUCUUUCUCGGAUUUUAGUAAAAAUCGACAUAUCUGUUUUUUGUUCUUUACAAAUGGUACAAAACCAUGUUUAUGCGAAGGCUUGGUCACAGAACACGAAAAUUCGUUAAUUUUAUUUCAGAAAGUUUGGAGUAUGGAAUUGGAAUUCUAUUUGUUUUGAAAUGUUAAAAAAUAACUUAAUGUUUCAGUUCAGGAUCCAUAUUGGGAGUAAACGUUUUUACGAUAAGGAUUUUAAACAGCGUGUUUUAUUGGAUUUAAAUAGCAAAGAAAGCGUUAAGCCUAGAAAAAAAAAAGCAUUUUAAGGGAAUGAGACAUUUAGAAGAAACCUUAAAUACGAUAAAAGAACAAAGGUGAUAAGUACAGGAAGCGUGACUGCUAAAUAUAAUUGUAAUUUUCUUAGUGGUUUAAAAAAAAAUCAGUGUACAGUGAAAUUGAUUCGUAACAACCAUUUCCUGAAAUUGAAUCAUGUACGUUCAAUAUAUUGAUGGGCCUGUGAGGGCUGAAAUAAAUUAAUGUUAUGUAACAGAGUGAUUUCUUCAGUUAAAGAUUAUGUGCUGAAUUUGUUGCCCUCGGUGUUUCUGUACAGCAUGAAAAAAAAUUCGAUAUUACAGUCAGUGUAUAAAUGUGAAAUAAAUGUCAAUAGGCUACACGCCCAGCUUUUAGGAGUGUCUUGGGAUAUGAUUCGUCCCGAAUAAAAAAAAAGGGUUUUGUCAUAAAUA